AUGGACCGACUGUCGCAGGAACUCAUUGACCGCAUCGCCGCGCUGCUUCCCGCCGGGCCGGUUCCAAUGGCUGACCCGCCCGCAGCAGACACAGGCGGCGGCAGCGCAUCCGGAAAAAAGGCCAGCAUCGUGAAGCAGCUCUUUUCACAUGUACGUCCCAGACGCGACGACCCGAAAACGCGACCCCCGCCCCGGUACUGGACCCGGGCAUCCGCCGCCGUCCUCUGCUACCGGUGGCAGCGCGCCGUCGAGCCGCUCGUCUACGCCCACCUGGUCCUCGGCUACCCGGGUCUCGGCCGGCUCCGCGCCGCGCUGGCACGCCGUCCCGAGCGCCGCGCCUACCUGCGGUCGCUCACCGUCGUCUUAGCCCUCGCGCACGAGCACUGGACCGACGGCGGCGUCCGGCCGGACGCCUUACAGCCCCUGUUUGCCGCUCUCAGCGGCGAGGCGGCAGCGGCGGCCUUGGACCUGACGCUGCGCUUCGUGGCCGGGCAUCCGGACCUGCGGCACCGCACGCGGCAGGGCAUCGUGUUUGACCGCGACCAUGGCGCGCCGCUCGACGUGGCGGCCUGCGUCCGCACGCUGGACUUUACGCCCGCGACGCCCGCAACUGAAAGGGGGCGGCGCGAUGUGCUGCAGCUGCAUCUCGCGGAGCAGGCGAGCCUGGUGAGGCGCUUUCCCGGCCUGCAGAGCGUGGUGUGGCACUACGCCGAGUCGGAGCUGCAAGAGGUCCGGGAUCGCUCGCGGAAUGGCUUCGCUGACGCCCUGGCGGAGCAGCUGUCCCAGCGGCGGCAGAUUGUAAACGUCGGCUUGACGCUGCGGAUCGGAAGACUGGGCACCGGCAUUUCCGCGGCGAGCAGCGUCGGCCGGGACAGCUACGAGGGGCUGUACGCGAAGCUGCGCGCGGCCACGGCCCACGUAACCGAGCUGUCGUAUGCCGGCGUCGUCGGCCCGUCCCUCUUUCUCGAUCCGGCGGCGGCGGCGGCAGGGGGGGACAACGGCUGGCACGCGCUGCGCCACCUGGCCGUCCGCAUGGCGCUGCUCACGCCCGCCGGCCAGUUCUACUUUGACGGCCACCCGUACAGCCCUCUUGCGCUGGACACGCCGCCCGACUGGCGGCCCGCGUACGCGACGCUGCAGCCGGAGCAGCACGACGGCGUCGCGCCCGACGGUCGGCCGUUUCUGUUUUGCGAGCGGCCGGCUGAGGAUGUCAUGGGCCCGCUGCUGCGCGCCUGGGCGGGCUUGCUGGCGCGGCUGCCGGCGCUGCAGACGGCGAGCUUGGUGGCGCGGAGGGGCGCGGACGAGGCGCCCCCGUGGGCCGUGUGGUAUGGCACGCCGGGAAGGACGAGCCCGUGGGUGGACGGGAGUGGCAUGGAUGGGGAUCGGCCGCGGGUGUGGUUUGUGACGGGUCGGUGGAGGCCCGGCGAGGAUUUGGUGCGGGAGUUUCGGAUGGCAGGGAAGGGAGCUGGCUAUGGCGACAAUGUGUCUGUUAUAUAUUGGUCUAUUCUAGACCCUCCUGUUCGGAUAUAG